GAAUGGGCCGCUGUUUCGAGGCGCACGCGCGUGUUUAUGAUUGGUUCCCUCCUCCACGGCGCAGUCUCCCUCCAUUGCUUCCGCGGAAGAACCCGUCUCUGCUGUCCCACUAAAGAUGGAGCUGUCUGCGGCAGGGGACCGAGUGUUUGCCGCUGAGGCCAUCAUGAAGCGCCGCGUCCGUAAGGGACGGAUGGAGUACCUAGUGAAAUGGAAAGGAUGGGCAAUAAAGUACAGCACAUGGGAACCUGAGGAGAACAUCCUAGAUGAACGACUCGUUGCAGCAUUUGAACAAAAAGAGCGGGAGCAGGAGAUGUAUGGACCUAAAAAGAGAGGCCCAAAACCUAAAACGUUGCUUCUAAAGUCAAGAGCGCAGGUUACAGAGACUUCCUCACGAGUGCCACAGUUCAAGCACACUCGUCCUCAACAGCAUUCCAAGCUUCCUCCGCCCUCGGCUGCACCGUCCUACACCCCAACCACCCCUUCCAAUGCUAAACUGCAGUCGGGUGCUGCUCAGCCCAAACUUAAGAAAGACAUUCACCGCUGCCAUCGCAUGGCACGUCGCCCCUUGCCCCGCCCAGACCAAACAGUCAGUCCUUCUGGUCCUUUUUCGUCCCGUCCAACAGUCAGUCCUUUCUCAGAAACGGUCCGCAUUCUCAAUCGUAAAGUCAAACCCAGGGAAGUGAAGAAAGGACGGGUCAUUCUGAACCUCAAAGUGGUUGACAAGGCUGGGAAUGGUGGAGUUGCUAAUAGUAGAAGGACACAUGUGCCCUCCGCCCAGCAGUCCCAUUUUGGGCGGCAGAAGAUUCCGUCCCAGAACAGGGUAAUUGGGAAAAACAGGCGGUUUGGAGAGUUGUCCUACCGAGGAAUCCAGACCCCCAUUAGAAGUUCUGGGUUUCCUGUUUUUGGAAAGCUCUUCGAAUCUCACUCUCUGAACAAUGCCGAGAACCAGACUCAAAGUGGAGAGAGUCGCAAUAACACGACAAACAAUCUCUCUUCCUCCCAGUCUUCAAAGGUGGAUGCGUCCAAAGGUCAGACUCUUGAUGAACUGCCUCAAUCAAACUCUAGCUCUGAAGUUUCGGACGGCGAGCCACCCUCCCCGCCACAAACCCAAUCCCAGCAUUCCUCGUUGCAGCCCAAGUCCUCCGCAACCAAGGCCCCAGAUCCUACCCUUCACAAACUUAGUGCUCAACCUGUGCCAUCCAAAAACAGCUUGGGUCUUUCUGCUCUUCCAUCCUCUCCUAUGUUUUCCUCAUCGUCCUCUGCGUCGUCCUCCUCAGAAGACAGCGAACGCAUCCUGGACCUUUCUGUACCUCAUGAAAUGGACAGGCGAUUGCGGCGACGCCAUCCCUUCUCUGGCCGCCAUCCGCUCAAAGUCCCUGAGGUGCCCGUGUCAGAAGAACCGUCGGAGGAAGAGGAAGAUUUGGACUGGCAUCCUGACAUGACAUCCCAAUGUGCCAAUGUGGUCGUCACGGACAUCACAGCGAACCUCCUCACCGUAACGAUCAAGGAGUUCUGUCAUCCACCCUCUGCUACUCCUCCUCCCUGCUACCCCAAAAAUAUAUCAGCUCAACACGACACAAAACAGCCAAAGCACCACCCCAACAAAACAUGAGUGCGGACACCACAGAUACGGCCUCCUCCAGCCUUCAGAAUGAAUAUUAGGAGGUUUGUUUGUAGUUUGUUUACAGUUUCAGUUGCCUGGUGCUCAUGUGAGUAUUUGUUAAGAAAUGUGGCCAAGCUGUCCACUCUACAACACUGUGCCAUGACUUUUAUAACCAUGAAAGAAUGUCUCUGAAUAAGGCUCACUGUGUUUAAUCUGAACACAUGGACUUUUCUAAGGAUGGAUUUACUCACCAAUUACUUCUUUAAAAAUGUGCCAAGCAACUUCCUGUAUGGUAUUUAUUCCUUAUAUAUCAUAUAAUUUCUGACUGGUUUGAAUGUAUACACUGUCAUUCAAAAGCUUGGUAAGAUUUUUUUUUUCGACAAGUACAAACAGUAUUGUCAAAUAUUGUUAGAAUUUAGAACUGU